CGCAUAAGGAUAAGGAGCGGAACGAACGUCGAGAACGACACGGAGAGCCGGCGAACAAAGAGCAUAAGUGGGGGGCACCCGCGAGUGUUUCUCGGCCAACAUCCACACACGGCACCGCAAGGUAGGCUAAUUGCAGUUGUACCUGCGUCACCUGUGCGCCGCCGCGCUCGCGAUUUCGUUUCCGCGUUGGAUGCGCAUUCGUUCUCCAAAGCCGCCUUUUCGCAUUUUCGCGUAUUUUCGUUGUCGCUCUUCUCGAAAAUAUCUUCAAGUAUUAUUUCUUCACGUUGGAACAAUGCGACGAGGAUCCGUUAGCAGUUGGCAGUCCUAUGGACAGCGAAAUUCCGACUGCAUGAUGACGACGUACGAGGGCAAUACCGCACUGCCACCGCCCUGCGAGGAAAUUGUUCAUCAACGAAAGGGUGGCUGGUUUUUAACGUACAAAAAGAUUCUCUCCUUCAUUGCCCUGUUCGUGAUCGUUGUGAUUGUCGCCGGUCUGAUCGGAUGGAACAUCGGCACGAUGCCCAAAACGAGAAUAUACGAUCCAUUAGCUCUUAUUGAGGACGAGGUGGAGGAAGAGGCCGAUGUCACUAUGAUCUCGAUAUCGCCUUUCGUUCAUCCUUCGAGAUACAGUCUCGAGUUGACGCUGUCGAAUGACGUCAACGCGACAUCGAAGCUGAAAGGACGAGUUGUCAUCGAAUUUCGUGUGGACAACACAACGCCAUUAGACAAAUUGUCUUUGAAUGCGAGAAACAUCACGGCCACGCGUUAUAAGUUGUCGCUCAUAGAGGAGAAUGGCGUGAGAGCGAAAAGGAGGCGUAGAAGACGCGCCGAAGAUAACAAGGGCGACCAAGAGAACGCUGACAAUGCUACCACACCGGCCUCAACAGCGAUGUCAUCUCCGCAAUUGGAAAAUCAGGAAACCCCGCGCGUUGUCACGGGUUUGCCUCCGGGAAACGGGACCGUUUCGGGUAACGAAACCGCUCCUUUGGCAAACGUAAGCUCGUCCGUGCCCGACGAGAAAAUCGCGGAGUCUGCGAACGCGACCACGUCUGGACCGGUGACGUCUACUACGGUAGUAUCUGGUAACGGAAGCGUAACUGACGUGGAGAUCGAACGAUAUGAGGUAGAUGCUAAUAACGGAUUACAUGUGAUAUAUCCGGCCGUCGCCAUGAAUCCGGGAACGUACAACUUGGAGAUCGAUUACGAGAUUAUGUUUGAUGGAAAGACGAUUUAUUCGGUGAACUUCAACGAGUCUAGCGAAAGAACCAAAUCAUUAAUCGGGACGCGAUUGAAAGCUGUGGGAGCCUCGCAUCUUUUGCCCCUCUUCGACGACGUGAAUCUCAAGGCUGUCUUCUCAGUGUCCAUGGCACGUCCGCGCGAAGCGAGAGUCCUGUCGAACAUGCCUCUCAAUACCUCCAAAGACACAUCGAAUGAUCGGAUGAUCGACAUCUUCAACGAUACUCCUUUGCUCUCACCUUACAAUCUGGCAUUAAUAAUGGGCGAGAUCGAGUCGGUGGGCGAGACGAGAACGGGGCUUGAUAACGCGACAGCGGUAACUUUCUGGGGCGAUCCGAAAAGGCGAUCACGGGGAAUUUACCUCCUCGACAAAGUCGACCAGAUUGUUGCGAUUUUCUACGACAUUUUCUCGAUGCCUUAUCCACUACCGAAAUUGGAUAUCGUCGCAUUACCGUCGCGAAUCGUCAAUAACGUCGGAAGCCCGGGACUGAUAUCAUUAAAGCAAUCGCUCUUCUACGCCGCGGAUCGAUCUCCCAUGGCCACGAAGACGGACGCGUUAAGCGCUCUGAUAAGCCUGAUAGGAGAACAAUGGCUGGGCGGUGUCGUGAACAUGAAGAACUGGACGGACGUUUGGCUACUUGAAGGCUCCAUUCUCCAUUUGCGACACGCGAUGAUCGAGAAGAUAGAUUCGUCACUGGACUCUAAUCAUGCCUUUCUCGCUAAUGUGCAAUGGGAUGCCAUGGAAGAUGAUAGCUACAGCGUCUCAAAGCCGCUGCAAUCGAACGUAAAUCCUGCCCAUCUGGAUUUUUCGGACGACAAUGUUCGACACAAGAAAGGUGCAUGCUUGAUUCGCAUGUUGCAUGGCGUGAUAAACGAUACCGCCUUUAGGAACGGCUACCGGAAAUUCAUAGCGAGGUGGAACUAUUCGACGGCAAACGUUGACGAUUUCUGGGAAGCGAUGGCGGAAGAAACUAUCGGUUUACCCAUGGAAAUCACGUUGUCCGAGGCGAUGAACUCUUGGAUUUCGCAUCGCGGAUAUCCGAUUGUCAGCGUCGUGAGGAAAUACAAGGAGGGCACCGCCACUAUUCGACAGCAAAGAUUUACGUACGAUCAAUCGCCAUCUGACACUCAACCGACGUGGUACGUACCGCUUGACUACAUUAACAAAACGAGCACUGAUUGGUCAUCUCCGACAAAGACGUGGUUGCAUACCGAAGCAGAGAUGGUGGUGCAGAACGUUGGCGCUAAAGAUUCUUGGGUUGUGUUCAAUGUGAAUAAAACAGGUUAUUACCGUGUGCACUAUGACGAGGAAAAUUGGAAGCUUCUGACGCAGGCCCUCGAGGAAAAUCACGAGGCCCUUCCGGCAGAAACCAGAGCGUCGCUCAUCGACGAUGUGCUUGGACUCGCCGCGGUCGGCUUGACGAAAUACGCGACCGCUUUCGACUUUAUUAAAUAUAUGCAAAUGAAGGAACGGCAUUACGCUCCCUGGGGUGCUCUGAUGCGUCAUCUGUUGAAGUUGAACGGUCUCCUAUACGAGACAUCUGGUUUUAGCGACUUUCAGGAAUUUACAUUAAAGUUUACUUCAAAAUUGUACUCGGACAUGGGGUGGAAAGUCGACGAGGGAUCGCGACUAACUUUGACCGCCCUUACGAUAGCGUGCGCGUUCGAGAAUGCGGAAUGCCUUGAGUGGGCCAGGAGUCAUUUUGCGAAAUUGAAGGACCAUUCCGAUGCGGACGAGGUUGUGCCGGCGUAUGCACGCGAAGUGGUGUACUGUACGAUUGCACGAUAUGGCACGCGAAACGAGUGGAAUUACUUUGUUGAGAAAGCAAACUCUACCGCAGAUCGGGAUGAAAAGAAUCGCCUUCUAUCAGCAUUUGCGUGCUUCCAGACGCCGUGGAUUCUGCAAUCGAUACUUAGCGAGAUUCUCGAAGGGAAGAUGUACGACGAGGACGAGACGCAAAGGAUCUUAAGAAGUUUCCCGCAAAAUCCGGUGGCUGCGCAAAUCGCCUCCAAGUUCGUGCAAAAUAAUUGGCAGGUUAUCGUCACGAGAUUCUCCACAUCUCGUCCGAUCUUAAAAGCUUUCGCGCUGGCGAUGACGAACGGCUUGAUCAGCGAGGAGGACUUUGAAGACUUUCAGACUUUCAGCGAGGAUAAUCUCGACAGCAUAAAGAUCGUGGGGUACACCAUGGCGAUGGUCGAGGCGCGUGCUAAAUUCGCGAUAAAGUGGUUAAAGGAAUCGCUGCCGGAAGUGCAGGAGUGGUUAACGGCGAACAAUUCCACGGAGACGUCGGUAUGAAUAGUCGUGAGAUCCGGGUGCGAGAGGACGAAGGAAACGUCCCGCGCGCCCUGUAAUUAUCGAUUCGCCCUCGCAGUUGACGCUCGCACGCACGCGAAAAGAACUGCGGCAACUUUUCUACGACAACAAGUUUUAUUUCUCCGUAUGCUUUUGUCAAGCAUGAUUACAAAACCAAGCAACAAGAAUCUCGUCCUUAUAUCGUGUAGCCUUAGAACGACGGUCGUUAGUGUAUAAUUAGUUAGUAGGUACAUAUUUAACAAACGAUAUACAUAAUAAUCGUAUCUAA